GGUCAGAGCAGCCUUGGGGCGGAGCAAGGUUGGCUCAGCCGGGGCGGAGCCGGGACGCCGCUCCGCGGUGAUGCAGCGGGGAAUUUGCUGACAGUCCCUUGCCGGGGGGCGCCGGCUCCACCAGGCCGCGGGAGCGCCGGCCGGCGGUCUGCUCUCAGAGCCCUGGAGGAGCCACCGGCGUGGUCAGGAACCAAGCAAGGGCAAGGCUGGGCCACUGGGAAGUGCCUGAGGACAGAUCAAGAGGAGGCAGGGCCGGUGACCACCCAUCCACCUCAGCCACAAACCUCACCUGCUGAUCCAGGGAGCCCCCAGGAUGGCUGUCCCACUGAGCAACCUGAAUAUGGUAGAAAAGACACGGAACAUAACGGAUGAAUGUUUCCAAUCUCGGAGCACUGUCCUGCAGGGGCAGGCCUUUGGGGGCAUCCCCACCGUGCUCAUCCUCAACAUCUUCUUGUGGGUGGUCAUCAUUUUGGUUUACUCCUUCCUCCGGAAAGCUGCGUGGGACUACGGGCGCUUGGCUCUGCUGAUACACAAUGACAGCUUGACUUCGCUGAUCUACGGGGAGCAGAGUGAGAAGACGUCUCCCUCAGAUAUUUCCCUAGAGAUGGAACACAAGGACAAGGGCUUCUAUUCCUGGUUCUUCAACACCGUCACCAUGAAGAAUGAGGAUCUGAUCAGCAAGUGUGGAGACGAUGCCCGCACCUACAUCAUGUUCCAGUAUCACCUCAUCAUCUUUGUGCUGAUACUCUGCAUCCCCUCCUUGGGUAUCAUCUUGCCCAUCAACUACACUGGAACCGUUCUGGAUUGGAGUAGCCACUUUGGUCGGACCACCAUUGUCAAUGUCUCCAUAGAGAGUAAGGUUCUGUGGCUGCACAGCUGCUUCUCCUUCCUCUACUUCCUCCUUAACCUCGUCUUCAUGGCUCAUCACUGUUUAGGGUUUGUGCCCAAGAGGAGCUACAGGGUCACAAGGACCCUAAUGAUCACCUAUGUCCCAAAGGACAUCCAAGACCCUGAAAUCAUCAUUAAACAUUUUCAUGAGGCCUAUCCGGGGUGCGUAGUGACCAGAGUCCACUUCUGCUAUGACGUCAGGAACCUGAUCGAGUUAGAUGAUCAGAGGCGCCACGCGAUGCGGGGCCGGCUCUACUACACUGCCAAGGCCAAGAAGAGUGGGAAGGUGAUGAUCAAGACCCACCCCUGCUCCCGCCUGUGCUUCUGCAAGUGCUGGACCUGCUUCAAAGAGGUAGAUGCAGAGCAAUAUUAUAGUGAGCUGGAGGAGCAGCUGACUGACGAGUUCAACGCUGAGCUCAACCGCGUUCGGCUGAAGCGUCUGGACCUGAUCUUUGUCACCUUCCAGGACGCCAGGAUGACGAAGCACAUCCGGGAAGAUUACAAGUACAUCCAGUGUGGCGUACCCCCCCAGCAGUCUUCAGUGACCACCAUCGUCAAAUCCUACUACUGGAGGGUUGCCCUGGCCCCACACCCUAAAGACAUUAUUUGGAAACACCUGUCUGUCCGCCGCUUCCAUUGGUGGGCGCGCUUUAUCGCAAUCAACACCUUCCUCUUCUUCCUCUUCUUCUUCCUCACCACGCCUGCCAUCAUCAUCAACACCAUCGACAUGUACAACGUCACUCGCCCCAUCGAGAAGCUGCAGAGCCCGGUCAUAACCCAAUUCUUCCCCUCCCUGAUGCUCUGGGCAUUUACAGUGAUACUGCCUCUGAUCGUCUACCUCUCCGCCUUCCUAGAGGCCCACUGGACCAGAUCAAGCCAGAAUCUGAUCAUAGUGAACAAGUGCUAUAUCUUUCUGGUGUUCAUGGUGAUUAUUCUGCCCUCUAUGGGACUGACCAGUUUGGAUGUCUUUUUCCGGUGGCUCUUUGACAUCUACUAUCUGGAGCAGGCAUCCAUCAGGUUCCAGUGUGUGUUCCUGCCAGACAACGGCGCCUUCUUUGUCAACUACGUGAUCACAGCGGCUUUGCUGGGCACAGGCAUGGAGCUGUUGCGCCUGGGGUCCCUCUUUCUAUAUAGCAUCCGCCUCUUCUUCUCCAGGUCGGAGCCAGAGAGAGUCCACAUCAGAAAGAGCCAGGCCAUGGACUUCCAGUAUGGGCGGGAGUAUGCGUGGAUGAUGAACGUGUUCAGCGUGGUGAUAGCGUACAGCAUCACCUGCCCUAUCAUCGUGCCUUUCGGACUGCUGUACCUGUGCAUGAAGCACAUCACGGACCGCUAUAACAUGUACUACUCCUACGCACCCACCAAACUCAACGAGCAGAUCCACAUGGCUGCCGUCUACCAGGCCAUCUUUGCACCGCUCCUGGGUCUGUUCUGGAUGCUCUUCUUCUCCAUCCUGCGAUUAGGUACGCUCCACACCAUCACCUUCUUCUCCCUUUCCACGCUCAUCAUUUCCAUGAUAAUCGCCUUCCUCAGCACUCUUCUGGGAAAGCUCCAGAGGGUAUCUGACUAUGAGCCCGAGGAGGAGAUGGAGACCGUGUUCGACAUGGAGCCAAGCAGCACCUCCUCCACACCCACGUCCCUUAUGUACGUGGCCACAGUGCUGCAGGAGCCCGAGAUGAACCUGUCCCCUGCCUCCUCCCCUGCUCGGCACACCUACGGUACCAUGAACAGACAGCUGGAGGAGAGCGAAGAGGAGAGUUGUACGAGGGGCUUUGCGAGGGAGCUGGGCUCCACCCAGUUCCAGGAAGGGCUGGAACUGGAGGGCCAGAGCCAGUACCACUGACCAGGACCCCAGGCCUCCACCUGGCGACUCCACCAGAGUGGCGGCCAGGGGAGGGCCCGGCAAGGGGAAGGCAGGAGGGCCACGUGGACCUCCCCACUACCCCUUGCAGACUUUGGGAAGGCCCGGCAGAGCUGUCUGCAUCCCGACAGCUGUCGGCCAUAUGAAGGUCCCGACCUGCUGACCAGCUAGAACGGGAGGUGCUGGGCAGUGCAGGGGACCCCGGGAUGGGAUGGAGGCUACGGCCGGGCACCACAUCUCGGCAGUCGUGGCUGAGGCCCUGGGCAUGGAGACUGCAGGCCAAGGGACCUUCCUGGGGUCAGAGUGGAGAAGGCAUAUGCACAAGGGAGGAGGCAGAAAGAAGCCCGUCGAAGACUCUCCAGCGUCUUUGCCACCCUUCACCAGCUGCCCUGUCCAGGAGCUUCCACUGCUGCUCCGACCCGGCGCCCAGCCCUACUCCCCUCUCCCCCGCAGCCUGAGGAAGCACAAGUGUGUAUGCUGGGCCUCGGCAAGGACAUCCCCUGCCUGGGGAUCCCCCGGAGCCAGGGGCGGCUGAGACCCUUCCUAGCCCUCUGCCCUGCAGCAGACUCCCCCGGAGCUGCGGGGUAGAGACCCUCCUCUGCUCUAUUCUUGCGAGGGCAGCUGGGACACGAUCACUCCGGGCUCAUUAAAUGGGACCUGUGUGCAUUUUGAUGAAGGCAACCUUGGCUGGUUACUACGAGGUGGGAGGGGCAGAGGCAGAAAAUUCACGGAGAGGGGUCUUCUCCCCAAAUGCUGAGUGAUGGGAAACCAGAUACAGCUCUCCAAGCCCCAGGCCUAAUGAGAGGACCCUCAAGGUCAAGGACGUGGCCCCUGAAAGUUGUUCCUGCCUCAUACCCACCUGAGUGCCUGGACCCUCAGCAUAGCCAAGGUGGGCAACAGCUUAGGGUAAGAAGCCCAUGCUUCAGACUGAAGGCACUGGCCAUUCCCUGGCCUCCCAGUAGGACCCUUCCUCCCUUGGGGCUGCCUGCACCCUGAACUGAAGACCACCCAAGUGGCCUCCAGUAUGGUCCUGGCCCAGACACUGCAGACACCCUGCCAGGGACUGUGGGGGUGGGGUGUGUCCUCCAUGGAGAAGCCCUUUCGGGUGGAAUAAGGCUGCCUUCCUAGGGCCACCACUCGGGACCUUUGUGGAACUGAAUCCUGAGUAGGAAUAAUGCUGGUAGCCACUUUGUCAUGGUUAUAGGGGUGCAGACCCCUGCCUCUGAGGACAGCCACCCCCCCCAACCGGCAGCACAGCAGGGGAGGAUGCAGAGAUGGGCUGACUGAGGCCUGAGUGGGUGAGGAGCAGCCAAGUCAAGGGGCUCUGCAUGCUAUAGAGCUCUCCUGAGCUCCCUGCUCCAGGGGUCUGGGUCCUUGCAGCCAACCUGCUGAAAGUAGGCCCCAGGCUCACUCACUGGAGCCUUUCCCACCAGGUGCACAUGGGUGCCCCUGAACUCAGACCGCCUGGGUCUCAGCCCUGCCGCACCUGUGCCCAUGUCUCAGCUGCAGAAGCUCCAGGCUUCACCGGAGGGAAAAAUAGCCCUCGAGAGGCAAACAUUGCCAUACCCCAGGGGCUUGGCCCAGACUUUGGCAUAAGGGAUCUUCCCAGAGAGCUUGAGUCAGCUGGGGCGUCAGCAGUCUCUCCCACUCCUUGUCCAGUUAGGAAUAAGGAGGAAAUAAUACCCAGCCAGUCCCUGAGGGCUGCUGCCUCCUAGCAUUUCACCAGCCAACAAAGGGAAGGGUCCUUUCCAGAGCAGCGGUCAGGGCCCCAACAGGGAGAUCUGCCCAUGCCACAGGGAGGUGGCCGGCUCCAGGCCCUCCCCCGCCCCCGGGAGGCAUAUUUGGUGUGCGUGUGGCCUUCCUGCCAGAAGCUGGCAUGUAGGCUCUCCACUGGGCACUACUUGCUGGCACCCCCCCCCCAUCCCUGCAGCCCCUGCUGGACUAUUCCUGCCGCUUCUGUCACUGCCCCUCCUUUGUCUGUCCCCUGCCCACCCAGCAGCCUCUGGGUGCUGCAUAUGGAAAGGGUCCCAGCAGAUUACUCGGCAGCAUGGCUGGGGGCUUCCCCCUUGCAUAUGGGCCAAGCGCAGUUGGUUCUGAGAGAAGACAGUGCAAAUGCUGGGAAAGUUCCAGAAUCCUUUCACUUCUCAACUCUUUCUGGAGACCCAGGGCAACUGGCAAGUCCUCCCCACUCUCCCCCCAUGGUCACUGUGAAGGCAGGGUGGCCAUGCUUUGGCUCCUUUCCCACCACAUGCAGGCCCUCUCCAGGCACCUCCCCUCUGGCCUGCCCGCUCAGCCCACGCUUGUCUCACCCAUUGGCCUCCACCCACCACCGUCCGACCCUACCCCACAGUCUACCUCCCAGCUGUCCCUCCCCAUCCUUCCACGGAAACACCACCCCCCAGGCUUGAUUCCUUCUGGAGGGGGCUGCCUCUGAGGGAACCCAGGAUAGCCUAGAGCCUCUAAGAAGUGUCCCACUGGGCCAAGAGUAGCUCCAAGCUUGCCUGCCUCUUCCUCAGAUGCUUCUGGAAGCAAAGUGCCUAUCAGCAGCAUUGCAUCCUCUGGGGCCCCCAGUGUGGGGUGUGGACUUCCCUUGGCCACCACCACUAAAGGAAUGUGCCAGAAUGCCGAACCUUCUUGUUAUUAAUGCUAUGACCGUGCCUUGAAUAAAUAAGUGGUCCCAA